CUCGAGCCCCGCCCCGCCCGAGGCCUGGGCACUGCACCUACACUUAGCUGCGCAGUUGCCGUCUGCACCAGCCCCUUCGGAGGCGAUACAGAGCCGAGAUGGCCGUGCUCUCCAAGGAGUAUGGGUUCGUGGUUCUGACCGGGGCCGCCAGCUUCAUCCUGGUCACUCACCUAGCCAUCAACGUCGCCAAGGCCCGCAAGAAGUACAAGGUGGAGUACCCCACCAUGUACAGCAUGGACCCUGAAAACGGGCACCUCUUCAACUGCAUCCAGCGAGCCCACCAGAACACGUUGGAAGUGUACCCUCCCUUCUUGUUCUUCCUGGCUGUGGGAGGUGUGUACCACCCGCGAGUAGCUUCGGGCUUGGGCUUGGCCUGGAUCAUUGGACGCGUUCUCUAUGCCUAUGGCUACUACACGGGAGAACCCAGCAAGCGCAGCCGGGGAGCCCUGGGCUCCAUCGCUCUCCUGGGCUUGAUGGGCACGACCGUGUGCUCUGCCUUCCAGCAUCUCGGCUGGAUUAGACCCGGCCUGGGCGGCGGGGCCAAGUGCUGCCACUGAGGGGCGACGGGGCUUUAAAAACUGUCGUUCAUCUUGAGUCGCUCACUUUUAUUUCCAGUUACUUUUUUUUUUCUAAAUAUAAUAAAAUUUAUCUGGCAUCCGCCUCAUACGUAA